AUGGCCGGCUCCGAUCACUUCCUCACUCUGUCCUGCCCGGAUAAGGCAGGCAUCGUGUACGCCGUCACAGGCCUGCUUGCGAAGGAGAACCUCACUAUCCUCGACCUGCAGCAGUUCUCCGACCCGGCGUCGAAGACCUUCUUCAUGCGCGUGCACUUUGGCCACGCGACCGAGCUGUCUGCUCUGCAGACAUCUAUGGCCGAGCUCGCAAAGGAGAUGAGCAUGACCUACGACAUCCGCUCGGUCGACACCAAGCCCAAAGUCCUGAUCAUGGUGUCCAAGAUCGGGCACUGCCUGAACGACCUCCUGUUCCGCGUCAAGUCCGGCCAGCUGAAGGUCGAGGUCCCGGUCAUUGUGUCCAACCACCCCGAGUUCGCAGACAUGGCCAAGUCGCACGGCAUCGAGUUCCACCAUCUCCCCGUCACCAAGGACACCAAGACCCAGCAGGAGACCCAGAUCCUCGAGCUCAUCAAGAAGCACAACAUCGACCUUGUCGUGCUGGCGCGGUACAUGCAGGUCCUGUCUCCCCGCCUGUGCACCGAGAUGUCCGGCAAGAUCAUCAACAUCCACCACUCGUUCCUGCCGUCGUUCAAGGGCGCAAAGCCCUACCACCAGGCGUAUGAGCGCGGCGUGAAGAUAAUCGGCGCGACUGCGCACUUUGUGACGGCCGACUUGGACGAGGGCCCGAUCAUCGAGCAGCGCAUUGCGCGCGUCGACCACGCGCUGAGCCCGAACGAGCUGGUCGUCGAGGGCAGCAACGUCGAGAGCCAGGUGCUCGCCGCCGCCGUCAAGUGGUGGAGCGAGAAGCGCGUGUUCCUGAACGGCGCCAAGACCGUGGUGUUCAACUAG